UCCUAGCAGAUGGAUCUACAGUGAAGACUAGAACUAAGGGACAUUGGAGAUCACUUGAUAUCAAGGUGACCGAUCACAGUGUCAACCAAAGCCAUCUGGACACCAGUCACUAUCUCAGUGCUGCUCUACACAAGAAUCUAAAAAAGCUUGAGAGAAUUAUGGAUGAAAAGCUAAUCACACAUGAAGAAGGAAUUAACGUAGAGUUAUCUGUGAAUAAACAUGAGGACAGUCGUUCAGAAUGCUCAGAUAAUGUUGAGAAAUUUAGCCAAAGCGAUGAAGAAUCUGAGAAAAAUAGAAGGAUUGUUCCUUUAUGUAAUUACAAUUGCUGUGAAGUUGAUGAAAACCUAAAUAGGGAUUCAGGACACCUAUGUUGUAGAAAGAAACAUUACUAUUGCUUUGAAUGCAAGAAAUGCUUUCAAUCAAAUCUGGAGCUGUCCAAACAUGAGGUCCUUCAUUCAGGUGAAAAAGCCUUUGAAUGUGGGGACUGUGGUAAAAGUUUUUACAAUAUAUCUCUUUUAGCGAGACAUGAAAAGUGCCACACUGGAGAGAAACCAUUUGAAUGUUGUGAAUGUGGAGAAUGUUUUAGUCGAAAGGGAAAUCUUUUUAGACAUCAGAAAAGUCACUUGGGAUUAAAGCCGUUCGAAUGUUAUGAGUGUGGUAAACAUUUUGUCCGAGAAGAAACACUUGUUAGACACAAGAAAAUGCACACAGGAGAAAAUACAUUUAUUUGUUCAGACUGUGGGAAGUUUUUUGUCAGUAACUCACAUCUUGUAAGGCAUCAGAAAUGUCACACAGGGGAGAAACCGUUUCCAUGUUCAGAAUGUGGGAAAAGGUUUCUUGACCACUCACAUCUUGUUGUACAUCAGAGAAUUCACACAGGGGAAAAACCAUUUGCUUGUUCUGAUUGUAGGAAGAGUUUUGUCAGUAAAACCGAGCUAGUUAGACAUCAGACAUGUCACACUGGGGAAAAACCAUUUUCAUGUUCUGAAUGUGGAAAGCGUUUUGGGAGGAAGGGCAAUCUUGAUACACACAUGAAAUUUCACACAGGGGAAAAAACAUUUACUUGCCCUGUAUGUGGGAAAUGUUUAGUCAGUAAAUCAGAUUUUAUUACUCACCAGCGAGUUCACACAGGAGAAAGACCUUUUGAAUGUUUUGAAUGUGGGAAACGUUUCAACCAGAAAUCAAAUCUUGUUACACAUCAGAGAGUUCAUACUGGUGAAAAACCAUAUGCAUGCUCAAUAUGUGGAAAAUGUUAUAGACAGAGUUCAAAUCUUACUACACAUUUGAGACUUCACAAAGAAGAAAAAACUGUUGCUUCUGGUUGAAGGCAAUGUUUUCCACAUUUUGUAAAACGGAAGAUUUAUCAUAUUUAAAAAAACAUAUUAAAAUAUCUAAUACAGCGUCA